UAUUUCAUAAGAGGUAACAAAAAAGGGAGGGGCUUUCCCAGGGAGGGGCCUUCCCAGCGGCUCAGUGGCAAAGAAUCUACCUGCAAUGCAGGAAACAUAGGAGGCGCACAUUCUAUCCCUGGGUUGGGAAGAUCCCCUGGAGGAGGAUAUGGCAAACCCACUCCAGUAUUCUUGCCUUGAGAAUCCCAUGGGUGGAGGAGCUUGGUGGGCUAAAGUUCACAGGGUCACAAAGAGUUGGACACAACUGCAGGGACUGAGCACGCAUGCAUGCACCAAAAAAGGGAACUGCUAUCUAAUGCAAAGGUACCUUUUAACUCUGUGAUUAUUAUUUCUCAUCUAAGUGUAUAAAGGGUCACAUUAAGAAAAUGUCUUGGACCCGGCCCGCCGCCCAGUGCCAGCUGCGCAGCUCCCCACUCGCAUCCGCGCGCCUCGCUCCUCUCCGACAUGGCAAAAGUAUCCAGCCCUACAGAGACUGAACGAUGCAUCAAGUCUCUGAUUGCUGUUUUCCAAAAGCAUGCUGGAAGGGAUGGUAACAACAGCAAAGUCUCCAAGGCCAAGUUCCUAAUCUUCAUGAAUAGAGAGCUGGGUGCCUUGACAAAGAACCAGAAGGACCCUGGUGUCCUUGACUGCAUGAUGAAGAGAUUGGACCGCAACUCUGGUGGGCAGCUAGAAUUCCAAGAAUUUCUUAAUCUUAUUGGUGGCCUGGCCAUUGCUCGCCAUGAGUCCUUUAUUAAGUCCGCCUCUUGCCAGAAGUGAAUUGGAGGAACCUGUGGGCCUAGCCUCCAGACUCACUCCCUUUCUUUCCAGCCUCUCAGUUCUCUGCUCUUCACAGCUCCCACAUACCCUGAGCCCAGCACACCCACCUACCCAGGCAGGCCACUCCUGUUAGUAAUAAAACAAUAUUGUUUUUUAAAACAAAAAAUAAAAUGUCUUGUUCUCUUUAGAAUGGUUAACAAUUCCCAAAAUAUAGUUUUUGUAUCUCCAUUACUUUUUUUUUUUUUAAUCUUCUCUUCUCCUUCUUGUCUCUCACUUAUAAAACUGAGGAAUACAAAUACUGAAUGAAUGGAACCAGAGGUGGGUUAAAGACAGGAAAGCUUAAGGAGGAUGUUCAGUGUUUGCAAAACUGCUUUCAGUGUC